CGGCCCGCAGCCCGGAACACAACAAGGCCAACAGCCUCGGCACCAAAUGGCACAAAAUGAGCAAAAUGUGGCAAAUGUGGAGCAAGAAGAACGAGCUGUACCUGGGUGACAGGCAGCUGAACGAUCAGCCGUCGCUGAGGCGUUCUCAAGGGCUCGGGAGCAAUUUGGCCGAGGGAUUUGGCUCCCGCGAGCUCAGCCCCAAACGCCUGGAGGCUGCGGUGCUCUCCACCGACAGCAUGGACACCGAGCACCUCCAGGAGCUGCUGAGCAACGUCAGCCAGCUCGUGGAAACGGGGCAGCUCAGCGACCCCUUGGCGUCCCAGCUCAUCCACCAGCUGAUYGCUGAGCUCUCCAGGCCUCCACACACAACUGCUGAAAAAUGGAAGGGCGCCCAGGAUGAGAAAGUUGCCUCAAAACUCGCGGGCAAAUCUCCAAAUGAAUCUGAGCGUUUCAGCACAAAAACGGCUGAUAAGUUCACGUUUGACCAGAAGGUUCCAGUUAUUAUGAGGCAAAAGGAAAUUCCUCAAGUUUCCUUCAACAAAACAGUAACUGUACGGAUUGGAAAUACGGUUUUUCUGACCAAGAAUACUCAAGCUGUCAAUCUACUGUGUGAAACAGCUGGUAUUAGUGAAGUGAAAUAUACUUGGACAAAAGAUGGCGAGACAUUAAAAGCCUCUGAGAAGGUGAUCCUGGACACCCCUGGCAAGGUGCACAUUCGGAAUCCUGCUGGAAAGGAGCUCGGUGCCUACGGAUGCCUGGUUGUCAGCACCUCUGGUUCUGAUAUGGAAACAUCGCUGCUGCUGCGGGCAGAGGUUCCUGUCAUCCUGUACUCUGUGUUAAACAUGACCAAUCCAGAAGCCAGCAGUUUCUCGGCAGUUGUUGGAGAUACAAUCGUGGCGAGAAYUGGAGCAAAUAUUGUGAUUGAAUGUCCAGUGAAGG